UUGUUCAGUAUAAGAAUACGAAGCCAAUUUAAACGCUAAAAAUGUUUGCAAAAUGGUUUAAUAUGAACAUAGACAACGGCUGCAUUACGCGGUAUACAUGGCAAGAGAUAAAAGAGAAUAAAUAAUGUUCGACAGGUACCUGUGUCAAGUCACUUUAGGAAAUUGUAUAAUUGCAUGACAAGUUUAAAAUAUGUGCUAUUAUUUUCCGCACUAAGCUCCUGUAGGUCGCGUAAAAGUUAAACUAAGGUUCAAGUGGAUGCAGAUCUAAAGAGCACACGACCGUUUCAGGAAUAAUUAUUGCUCUUGUAAUUAAUAAUUCCUUUAUCAUCAAAAUACUAUUUAUUGUAAACGGUCGUAACGCAUCUAUCCGCAAUCGGUACAGUGCAGGUCGUGUGUUGCAUAAGAAAGGCGUAGGCUGAUAUUGAUAAUGAAACCGUCUGGUUAAAAUAUUAGCAAUGUAAAUAAGUUAUAACAAACAAGAGCCUUCAGAGUGGACUGCCAGGCGCUGCAUACUGCUACCGUUUGAUGCGAAAUCGAACAAGUCAACAAACUAAUUCUCCUGGUUCUACUUAAGGAAAACCCUAUGAAAAAGAAUGUUUAAACUUAAAUGAAUAUGAAUUGAUUACCUUAAUAUUUUGCUAUAUCAACCUUUACUGUGUUAUAUAAUAGAGGAAUAAGAAUAUUCGACAUAAGAAAAGCAAUGCCUUUCGUUGAACUGAAGAAGGAUCAGGCAAGAAUACAAGACGGAUAUUUCAUAGCUUUUGUCAUACAUAAACAUCUGAUAAUACUUAUAAGCAAACAGAAUGUCAGAUAUGUAUGAAAACAUUUUAUUCACACACAAGUCGUACACAUUUUGGUUUCUGGACUGAUAGGCCUACAGGUUGCGUUGCUUAAUUUAGGUGCACAGCCAUCAUGCGAGCAAAGGCUCGGUGUAAUGACAGCUACACUACAACGAUUAUAAGGAGUAAGACUUGCAGUAAAGAAUGUUGGUGCAAACAUCGUUCAAUUUUCUUUUGCCUUAGAAAGCAUACAUUCUUACGAGUUCAUUCGGCAAAUAAUACUGCGAGAGAUGUUAGCGCACUAAAAAUGCGCAAUAUCAAUUCGUGAUACUUAACGAAAUACCAAAUUUAAGUCAACUGCCCCUUUAAUGUUAAUUGUUAUGUUAUAAAUCUUGGUAAAGUACACUGAGAAAGUAGAGAGUACUCAAAUGCUGGCUAAAGCUAGCACUAUGCAUUUUAAACUGUGACGUAACCGACGGUAUUUUUUUUGUAAGGAAAUGAAUUGUUGUCGUUUCUAUCGCCUGAGCUUAUAGGUGUCGACAAAUACAAACAAUAUGAUUGGAUUAUCUAACUACGCAUUUGUCUGAUUGUGAUCGAGUACUUAACAACGGCCGGGCUGUAUCGCCCUCAGUUAUACGGGAGCUAGUGCAUACGACGGCGGUGAAGAAUGUGACAGCCUUAACGACAAUCACAGUGGACAUGCACAGCUCUGCUCAUCCGGAAAUGGACUCAACAGUGUCAAAAUGCCUUAACAUUCAGAAGGACACGCACGCAUGCAGGGAUCUGAUCAUUGGAAUGGAAGGCGUCAAAUCAGAAAGCUUACAUCGCCGAUUGUGCAGCCGUUUCGCAGGAGUCUUUUGGUGCCGGAGUGUCGUCAUCUCAAUGCUGCUCGUAUCGUUCAUCUCGCACCUGCUGUUGCACGUGCAGCUCGGCGAGGUGCGCGAGGUGGUCCGGGUGCAGCGGGACAGGAUAGAAGAUCUGAUGGAGGUCUCACACAUACUACUCAAUGAGGACACGGGCUUGAUGCCGUCAUUCAAGACCAGAUCUAAGCUAGAGUCGCAGGAUCAGAUUCAGAGAUCCGGGACUUCUCGGAGGGCCAGACAGAAGCGCCACGUGCCAGCCAGUCCGAACUUCUUCUUCCGUGGGCGGUCUGGUGUCAAUCCCAGCACAAGAGCUGGUGUGUUCUUGUGGGAGACUUCGUCGGAGAGCUUCUCGGAUGUUAACUCGUUCGAAAGGGCUGAGACGAAUGCAGGCUUCGUGGAGAACGUUACUGUGCUCGCGCCGGGCGUCUAUUACGUGUUCGCGACCAUCGUAGUGCACGGCCGCCGGCCCCGUAACGGGGAGCUCGAGCAGAGCGCCGUCUAUCCGCCGAUGGGCGCGAUGUUGCACCGCCGGAAGUCAGGAGGCGAGGAGGAAGUGCUGGACGUCUCCUUCUGCACCCAGGAUGACAGGGGUGCGGAGUUCGGGUACGGCCUGGGCGACUACCCGCUGGACUCCGUGCAGCUCCGGGGCCUCUACUACCUUGACUUCAGGGACACCAUUUGGGUCACCAAACCCACCAACAUGGAGAAUAACCCCAAGGGCGAGACGUACCAUUCCGAGCAAACUGAUAUGCACUUCGGUGCAUUUAUGGUGGAUAAAGCUGUCUAAAGCCAUAUGUGAACUGUAUGAACCAAUACCAUUUACUUAGGACAACUUAUAUUAAGUAUGAUGUGGUUGUAAAAGAGGUCAUUUCAUCGGCUUGAACUGAAUGCCGGUUGGGUGUUUUGGUUUCGUGUGUGUGUUGAUACUGAUGUUAAUCAGUAUUGUGUACGUUUUAUAAACCCACGAGACCACGGUGGAAACACCAAUCUAAGGGAAGCAAUUCAUAGUAAGCACACUGGCUAACAUUUCAUGCAUGGAUACAAUUGUAAACUAAAUCAGUUAAUCAAAAUGUGUUUACGAUUUAUAUUGAUUGUUUUGUUUUACUCGUUUAUGAUGUUGUUGGUGGUGUUUAAAUUCUACUUCCGAUGUAGCAUUUGUUGUUAUUGUUUUUCUGAUGUGAAAAGUAUUAUUAUUAGGAGGUUUAAUUUGCUUUUGCAUCAUACAUGCUUCGCACACUUUAUAAUCUGAUCGCACGUGUUUUUUAAUGCAUUGUUAUUUUCUGGCUUCAUUUACACGAGUGAAGUUUAACAACACUUUCAGUGCAAAUGGGACAUGCCAACAUAGCUGCAAAACAUGUCGAUAAUAAAAAUGUCUUCAUAUACAUGUUAAUGUAGUUCAUUCAUGUGUAAAUUGUACAGCAUGUGUUUAUUUUUGAUAUUAAUUAUGAGAUUAAUAAAUUAUUGACAUUUC